AUGUCAUUUUACCGUAGUACGCCUUCCAGCGGUGGAUUACCCGCGGUUAAUGCCGCAGACAAGGAUUUAGCAAACGAUAUCGUGAUCAACAAUCCGGCCGAGGAUUCGAUCUCAGAGAUUGCGUUCUCGCCGCAACAGGAUUUCUUGUUCUCAGUGAGUUCGUGGGAUAGUAAAGUGCGGGUUUGGGAUGUCAAUGGCGGCAUGCCACAGUGCAGGGCCGAAUUUCAACAUCAGGGUCCUGUUUUAGCUACAAAGUGGUCGAUGGAUGGGACGAAAAUCGCGUCUGGUGGGUGCGAUAAUGCAGUUAUGGCUUACGACGUAGCUUCGGGAGCAGCACAGCAAGUCGGGGCUCACGAUUCUGCGGUAAAAAGUAUAUGUUUUGCACAAUGUGGGCCGUCAAAUACCGAAUGUCUUGUAAGUGGGUCAUGGGACAAAACCAUCCGUUACUGGGACAUGCGACAGCCACAGGCUGUUUCGACGGUCGCGAUGCCCGAUCGUGUAUACUGUAUGGACUCCAAGCAGAAAUUGCUCGUGGUGGGCACCGCAGAGCGGCAUAUCAGCGUGAUAGAUUUGACUAAUCCGAGCGCAAUUUUCAAGACCACCAUGUCACCUCUCAAAUGGCAGACGCGUUCUGUAUCGUGCUACAUCGAGGGUAACGGGUUCGCAAUCGGGUCUAUCGAGGGUCGCUGCGCCAUUCAGUACGUGGACGAGCAGGAACAACGUAAAUCCGGGUUUUCCUUCAAAUGCCAUCGAGUACAACAACAGGCGACAGGAAGCGCAGGAGGACGCGCGUCGAGUGAGUCUCUCGUGUAUCCAGUGAAUUGCAUUCAAUUCCAUCCGCUUUACGGCACGUUCGCGACCGCCGGGGGUGACGGGAGUUUCCACUUUUGGGAUAAGAACCAAAGACACCGUCUCAAGGGUUUCCCGUCUCUCAAGGCGUCGAUCCCGACUUGCAGUUUCAACAGAAACGGUACCGUCUUUGCAUACGCACUCAGCUACGACUGGCACGAGGGCCACAUGGGCAACAGACCCGACUACCCUAACGUCGUGCGUCUUCACGCCACUACGGACGAAGAGGUCAAGGAGAAGAAGAAGAGGUAG